AUGUCGGAGUCAGCGCAACCUGCGGAGGCUCCUUCAAUCAAAUCCCCAUCCCCUGCCGCACCAGUGCCGUUCGAUCAAUGGGUCGGCAGUUUCGAUGCUGACGUGGCCGCGUCCCUCCCAAAUACAGGGAUCGACAUCGCGGAGAUUGUACGCGAUAGAGGCAUCUCCAAGGCUGUAGAUGUGCCUUAUUUCGACCUGCCCGAGCGGGUGAUCAAGUCAGCAUCUGGUUGGCUGGCGACGCAGGGCAGCAAAGACCUGGCAGCAGUGGCGGCUCUGCUCAUCCACGUGGAACUGCAUGAUAGGCCGCCCAGCGACGACGUGACCAUCUCCAAGGACGCGGCCCUCGCUCUGCUCGCCAUUCUCCUCCGCCUGCGACCCGCCACUCUCCAACAAGUGCCCGACGCGCUGCUGCCGUCCAUAAAAGACAAAAGGCCGUCCAGUGCCGAGCCGUUGCCGCCCAAGAACUCCCAGCAGCCGCCCACUGAGGAUGGUGCUUCCUCAGGCAGCCACGUGGCAGAGGGGGAUAGGCUGGCAAUCCUUGCAUGGAUAUACGGGCAGGCAGCGAGGGCGGACAGGGUGGCGGGCAUGUCGCUCUUCAUCCACUGCCUGCUGCCGCCUGCCAUCCAUCCCACCGCCCCGCCCUCCUGCACGCACCUCGCCCUCUCGUUUCUUGAGGAGGUGGUGUUGGAGAAUCGCAGGAAGGCCUACGCGGAGCUGCACAGGGGCGCUGUGAGGGGCGGGCUGCGCCUCGUACCGCCUGAGGCGCUGCGCUCGUUCCUGCUGGCUGCAUUCCCCGCCCAGGCCGACUGCACCGAGUUCACCCCGCGCUUCGCGCACGCGUACCUGAUAGUGAAGCAGCUGGCGCUGGUGAAGGGCACGAUCCCGGGGGACCCUGGCGAGUCUGACGCUGCCACACAGGCCGCCCUCGCCCGGACCAAGUCCACCCAGGAAGCUGCGGAGAAGCUGCUUCCGCUCAUGUUUGAGGCUGCAGGAGAAGGGUCAGAGGAGCUAAGGGAGGAGGCGAAUGCCAUCGUGCUGUGGUGCCUUAUGGAGAACCCCGCCUGCUACUCCCAAUGGGAGCGGCUGCACAGCGGGGCACUGGACACGUCACGGCACAUGCUGGCGGGCGUGGAGCGGCGGUGGGAGGAGGUGAAGCUGCAGCUCGCCCCCUAUGCGCCCCUCAGAGCCUUCCUGCUCGCCAUCCGCCGGCAGCACGCGCAAGCUCUGAGAGCUCUCGACCAAUCACAGGUGGAGGAACGGGCCACUAUCCGCCAGACAGACACAGUGGCAAGGAAGCUUCAGAGAAAGAUCUCUCGGUGUCCGAGCGAUCUUGGAGGCCCCACCGCUUUCGCACACUUUGUCCCCCUCUUCGCAUCCCACAACGCCGCCAUGGCGAAGUAUCCCGCAGCUGCUUCGUCGCUCAGCGGCACCGCUAACCCUAAUCCUGUCGACACUGCGGAUCCCGCCGCCAGGGCUCGCGCCGAGGCCUACGCGGACGGAGUCUCCGCUGCCGGAAGUGGCGGGGCUCGGAACGAGUGGAAGGAACGGAGGGAGCGGAUAGAGUCGCUGGGAUGGCUGACGGAAUCGGCGCUGAUGCCGAAGAAGCAGCGCGUGAUCGAGGGCGUGAGCGCGGGCAGCCUGGUGUCGCUGCGCGCCGAGCUAUACAAGAGCCAGGAGGACGCCAAGCGCGCCAAGGAAGAAGGCGGAGGGGAGCCGCGGGUUAGGCGCGCGGGAGGCGGAGCGGAAGGGGGGCCCGGGGACCUGUUUGGGGGGAGAAACGCGGGUGUUGAAGAACGCGCGCAUAGGGACGCGCUGCAGUGGAAGGCGGAGAGGGACGUGGCAGGGCAUCUGGAGCGCAAGGCAGCCAUCUACGCGCGCCUGGCCAGGGGGGAGCGCGCCGAGGGGGAGGGCGCGCAGGGGGAGGGGGCGGAUUGGGCGGGCGUGGAGGAGAAGUACAACGUUGACUUCCUGAGGCGGGGGACACUGGAGGAGGAGAGGCAGGAGAUGGAAAGAGAGAGGCGGGGAGAGGAGGCGCUGCUGUUGGGGGGUGCAGAAGGGGAUGGGGGAGAGGGGGGAAGGGAUGGGGGCGGAGGGGCAAUUGUGGUUGCCGGAGGGGGAAUGCCGUCGACACAGAGGGAGCUGAUAAGGGAGGUAAUUGAGGAGACGCGGACAGCACGGGAGAGAGCAGCGCUGCUGAAGGCCAAGAGGCAGCAGCAGGCGGAGCAGAAGAGGGAGAAGCUUCGUGCUGCCUUCCUCAAGCAGCAGCUGCUGAAGGAAAAGGCAAAGAAAAAAGACUCCAAAACGGCAGGAGGGAAGAAUGGGGGUGGGGAAGGAGGACAAUCAUAA